UUGCAGAGUUCCAAAUUGUCUUCAGUUACCUAGAAACCUGUGUAAGGAGAUGUAAAUGUUCUGGGUUAAAGCAAGGCAAGCUGUGCGGGCAGGAAUCACAGAGCUCUUACUGGAUCAACAGCUGGUGUUGCAGAUGAGCUGUGAAGAAAGCAGACAGGCUUUUGGGCACAGCAGGGCACCAAAGGCAUCCCAGGCUCUCUCAUGCCUUGCCUCGCUCUUCUCCCCUCCUAAACCCUUCUCCUGGAGGAUGGCAGCCGCCUCUUUCCGCUACGGCCUGACCAUCACGGGGGCCGUGCUGCUGGUGACGGGGACGCUGUGCUUUGCCUGGUGGAGCGAUGGCGAGGUGGGCUCCGGCAGCGGGGCUCGUCUCCUGCCUCCCCGGGAAGCCGAGGCCGUCCCCAGCUCCUCCUCCUCCUCCAGUGCCCUGCUCCGCUCCAUCAGCUUCUUCUGCUGCGGCAUCGGCGGCAUCCUCCUCAUCUUCGGCCUCCUGUGGUCGGUGAAGGCCAACGCCAGGGUGGUGUCCCGGCGCUACCAGUACCAUUUCCCCAGGGACCUGCAGUACUUCACGGCUGAGCCUCCAGAGAAGUGGAACUGCAGCACCUGGGACUCCAGCGCCAUCCCCACCUACGAAGAAGCCCUGACCUGCCGACCUGCCCACGCUGGCCCGGCUUAUGUGCAGCCACCGGGGAUGAAGGAGGAGCUGACACCGGCCCUGUACCGCUACCUGGAGGAGGAGGAGGAGGAGGAGGAAGGCCGGCAGGGCCGGCGGCGGAGCUCCUCUGACAGCGCCUUGUUCCGCCCCAGCCCGCCCUGGCCGCAGGCGACGCCGCCGCCCAGCUACGAGAACAUCAACGGGAACAUCAACGGGGGGCUCUGAGCCCGGCCAGCCCCAGCCGGGACCCUGCGGCUCCUGCUCCGCUCCAAACCGAGCCUCUCCCCGCUGGGGUGGGAGCAGGCUGGGCGAGCAGCGGGAAGGGUCAGCCCGGCUUUCCCCUGUCCGGGACCGCGGGCUCGGUGGGAGAUGCGUUCAGAGAGUCUGGGGUAGCUGGCAUGUUCGAAAACUUUCGUAUUUUUAAUAAAACCACCGGUGGUUUCA